AUGGAGCUCGACGGUCAAGUUUCUGAUAACUUGAAAAUUUUGAAGAAUCUAGGUCACGCGAAUCUAGAUCACCCGGAUCUAGGCCACCUGGAUCCAGGUCACCCGGAUCCAGUUGCCCGGAUCCAGGUCACCCGGAUCCAGUUACCCGGAUCCAAGUCACCCGGAUCUAGAUCACCCGGAUCCUGGUCACUCGGAUCCAGGUACCCGGAUCCAGGUCACCCGGAUCUAGGUCAAACGGAUCCAGGUCACCCGGAUUUAGGUCACCCGGAUCUAGAUCACCCGGAUCUUGGUCACUCGGAUCCAGGUCACCCAGAUCCAGGUCACCCAGAUCCAGGUCACCCGGAUCUAGAUCACCCGGAUCCAGGUCACCCGGAUCCAGGUCAACCGGAUCCAGGUAGCCGGAUCUAG